AUGUGUUGUUGUUGUAUUUGCUGCACGGUAUCGGAUUUGAUACUUUAUAUUGUUGCAAUCAUAUUUCCUCCAGUUGCAGUUCUUUUCAGGUCAGGUUUAUAUUCUUCAGAUUUUCUGUUAAACGUUCUGCUGACUCUGCUAGGAUUUGUUCCAGGGUUAAUACACGCUUUUUACUACAUCACGAUUACAAGCCCUUUACGCAGAGAUCAUGAGACGAGGUUUUAUUAUCAGGCUGGGUGGGAAGAUGGGCGUAGAAACGGAAGACGCGACAAUCGCGGUUCGAGAAGCUGUAACCAUCGCGAGGUUGUUACCGAGCAACCAUCAGCCGUUACGCCCUUACUGGCAACCUCCAGAAAAGAUAGCGACUCUCCUUCAUGUCCACCCCCUCCGUAUACCGAAACGGUUUGA